GAGUAGAGGGCGCGAGAUAGGGCGCAGGCGCGAUACCGCGGGCAUUCACACUCAGUGGCAGGAAGCGAUCUGCGUCUGCGCCCCGGCACAUCACAUUCCCGCUCCACGAUGCGCGCGAGCACGGCCGCACUACUCCUCAUCACCUUCGCCUGCUACGCCUUGUGCGCGAGGGCAUGUGAGCCGGAUCAGACGCAGAAUGGGUGCAAGAUCUACGGUGCGGCAUGCACGUGUGGCUUCGGCUGCAAGACCGAGUACAUCUACCGUACAAGGAGGGACUGUCUCGACGCUCUCAGAGAGAGGAGCUCGAAUAUCUGCUACCGGAUGCCGUGUCUGAGAGGGAUAUGUAUUCAGACGGUACAGGAUCCAGGGUUCACCUGCAAAUGUGAGGGCACCGGCUUCUACGGGCGCCGCUGUGAAAAAGCUUGUCCGACGAUCCCCAUGCGCGGUCUGGUGUUCCCUCACGAGUGUGUCGUCAUCUGAAUCUACAAUUUAAUACAAUUACUAUUUAUUUAGUUAUUUAAAGGCUCAGCUUUAUUUAAAAAUAAGGAAACUUAUAUUCUAACGGCGUAUCCCCACUGAUGUAACAAUUAGUUAUAUAAUACUUUAUAAAAAGUACCUUAAUGUGCACUUGUCCUUAAAUGUGAAACUAUAUUAGCAGUAAUACGUAAGAAAAAAGAUUCCUUGUUCUUGUAAAAUGUUAUAUAACAAAUUAACAUCAAAUGGAUGCAAAAUAAUUUCAGUAAAGAUUAACAAUGUUACUAUUAGGAACCUACCUACUUAAUAUAUUAAAUCAGUUUGAAAUAAAAA